CUGGCCAAUCCCAGUCUCCUCCGAAGCGAGGCUCUAGUAGAUGGAAAAUGGGUAUCGGCCGCUUCAGGCAAGAGAUUCGACAUCGAGGACCCUGGGACGGGUAGUGUGUUCGCCUCAUGCCCAGAUCUCGACAAGACCGACGUUGAUGCCGCUGUGCAAUCGAGCCAUGCUGCGUUCCAGCAGUAUCGUCUCGAGAACCCUAGGUCCAGGGCUCAGAAACUCCUUCGCUGGGACCAGCUUAUUCGCGAGAACAAGGAGGACAUUGCCUUGGUCUUGACGUAUGAGUCUGGCAAACCGUUGGCAGAAGCACGAGGGGAGAUCGACUACGCUCUUGGCUUUACCUGGUGGUUCGCUGGGGAAGCUGAGCGUAUUAGAGGGAAUAUUUCGCGACCGUCUGCUCCUAAUAGACGGGUUUUCGUCGUCAAGCAGCCAAUUGGCGUAUCUGUCGCCUUGGUGCCUUGGAACUUUCCCAUAGCCAUGAUACUCAGGAAGGCUGGAGCAGCUCUUGCCGCAGGCUGCACGAUCAUUGCCAAGCCAUCACCAGAAACGCCAUUGACGUGCUUGAUCCUCGCCGACUUAGCUCUCAAGGCUGGCUUUUCUCCUGGGCUCUUUAAUGUUGUUACAACAUCACUGGGCAAUACACCAGAGGUAGCCGAGACCCUUUGUAAGCACCCACUUGUCAGCAAGGUUUCCUUUACAGGGUCUACUGCCAUUGGCAGUCUCAUUGCUAGACAUUGCGCUGAAGGGCUGAAGAAGGUCACCCUCGAACUUGGCGGGAACUGCCCGUUUCUCGUUUUCGACGAUUGCAACCAGGACCAAGCCCUUGAAGCGCUUCUUGCCUUGAAGUGGAGACACGCAGGCCAAGCGUGUGUAACGGCAAACCGGGUGUACGUUCAGGAUGAAAUCUACGAAGAAUUCCUUCAGAAACUGGUGGCUGCCACGAGACAGAUCAGACUGGGGCAUGGUACUACGCCCGGAACUACCAUGGGGCCGUUGACAACAUCUCGAGGUGCCUCUAAAGCGCAGCUACAUGUCGAUGAUGCCAUCGAGAAUGGCGCCCGCCUAUUGCUCGGUGGUCGCGUACCAUCUGAACUCGGAACUGGGUACUUCUAUGAGCCCACGGUGCUGGGCGACAUGAAGCAGUCGAUGCUGAUGAGCCGCGAGGAAACUUUUGCUCCCGUACUCGGCGUAUACUGCUUUACAACUGAGAAACAGGCUGUUGAGUGGGCAAAUAACACAAGUAUGGGCUUAGCCAGCUAUUUCUUCACGAAGGAUGUCGAUCGCACCUGGAGGUUGCUCGAAAAUCUGGAGGCCGGCAUGAUUGGUAUGAAUACGGGUAAUUCUUCAGCUGCUGAGUCGCCAUUUGGAGGCAUAAAACUCUCAGGAUAUGGGAAGGAAUCAGGGAAGGAGGUGGCCAUUGAAGAGUAUCUGAUUUCGAAAACUGGGACCAUGACGCUGGAGCAGCAGUACUGA